AUGUUUGUUAAUAAGGACGAGCAUACGAAGUAUGCAGAACUUUUGGUAACAUACAAAGACUAUGUUGAAACAUUUAACUCAUUGUAUCAGCUUAAGUCAGAAAACGAAGAAGAAAUUAACAAGUUAUUCAAUAUGAUCAAAACAAAUCUUAUCGAUACCAAAUAUUUUGGUGUAGACCAGAUCAUAAAAAUAUUUAGUAAUAUAAUUAUUUACAGGAAUGGUUACUUAAAAUCAUAUUUCGCACUUUUCAAAAAAUUUUACGAAGAAUAUCAUCCAAAACAAGUUCCUGGAAUUUCAGUAAUUUUUAAUUACUUUGCAUAUAAAAAAUAUGGCAUUGUUUUAGAUAAUAUGCGCAAGUCUUCAAUCAAUCAACUGGAAAAACAAAAUUUAUCAUUGGAUGUUCAUGAAGAAAACACAAUCUACAGAUCAAUUAUGAAUGAUGACAAAGAGCGCUUUAUUGCAUUCACAGAAACUCCAGAAUUUGAUGAAAAACAAUUAUUCAAAAGUGAAUUAUAUCCAUAUAACAAAGAAGGAUAUAAUCUGAUUGAAUUAUGUUGUUAUCAUGGAGCAGUUAAUUGCUUUAAGUUUCUUAGAACCAAAUAUAAAUCUCCAAUCACAGAAACAUGUCUUCAAUUUUCUUUCUUGAGUGGAAAGCCUGAUAUCAUGAGUGAAUGCAUGAAAGCUCGGCGCCCAUAUGAUAGUUGUAUGCGAUAUGCAAUUAUUUCACACAAUAUUGAUUUUAUUUGUUUCUUGAUGAAUGAAUACAAUAUCAGAAUUUCCCUUGAAAACUGUUGUGAAUUUAAAAAUCUCCAAGCAUUUUUGGUAUUUUUAGACCAAACGGAAUAUAUACAAACGGCAUUUACUUAUUCAGCAAGCUUUAAUAUUCCAGAACUUUGCAAAUAUCUAAUUCAAUGCGAUUCUAAUAUAUUAUUAACCAUGAACAAUGCAUACCCGAAUACAAACACAGCUAUUAAUUACGCUGUUGAAGGAAAUUCUGUUGAAACUGCAAAAUUUUUAUUUGAUAAUGGAGCGAAAUUUAACAGAUUUCACUCUGAGAAGUAUGAGCUUCAUAUUGCAAUAAUAAAUAAUUGUAAAAAAUGGUCGAAUUACUUCUUUCUAAAGGCGCCGAAAUAA